CUGAAGAGGAGACGGUCAUGUGACUUCCUGGAAGUUGCCUUGGAAAUUCGGGCAGGGCAAGACCAGGAAGUUAUGUGCUGCUUCUUACUAACAUAGAUUCAGGACUGGAAACAAAUCCAGCAAGUGCAGGUUGGAUACACACAAGCUUAUGUGUUUCUGUCUGUCAUAUUUUUACCUCACCUUUCUCCUUUAAAAGGACUCAAGGCAGCUUACAACCACCUCUUUAUGCAUUCAUCCUCCUCACUAAUUUUCUGUAACAGUCAACUGAAUCAUCGCUAAUGAUGGGGGAAGAGAAAUGACCUGAUCUACGUUUCAGCCUUCAAGGGCCAAGGGGAUCGGGGGUGGGAAUUGGGGAGAGCAGAAGAUAGUGAUGCCUGGAGUUUUGAGGAGGCUGCCUACCAAAAGGGCCUUUUGGUCGCAGUACACCCAUCAUCACACGGCUGUGUUCCUACUUACUUUCUUCAGUUACUCUCUACUCCAUGCUUCAAGGAAGACAUUCAGCAAUGUCAAGGUCAGCAUUUCUCAACAGUGGACCCCUUCCUCCUUUAAUGACACUGCCCUCAGUUUUCAGCCGUAUGAGCUCUGGAACAGUAGUAAUUUGUUUCCUAACGCUGAAGAAGCCACGCUUUUCCUUGGGACGCUGGACACCAUCUUCCUGUUCUCAUAUGCUGUGGGCCUUUUUAUCAGUGGUAUUGUUGGGGAUCGUCUGAAUAUGCGCUGUGUCCUAUCAUUUGGCAUGUGCUCUUCUGCGUUAGUGGUGUUCGUCUUUGGCACUCUCACUGAAUGGCUCCAUUUCUACAACAAGUGGUUCUACUGCAGCAUGUGGAUUGUGAACGGGUUGCUGCAGUCCACUGGCUGGCCCUGUGUGGUAGCAGUCAUGGGAAACUGGUUUGGCAAAGAUGGGAGAGGGCUUGUCUUUGGACUCUGGAGUGCUUGUGCAUCCAUGGGCAACAUCAUAGGCGCCUUCCUGGCCUCCUCCGUUCUGCUUUAUGGCUAUGAGUACGCCUUCUUGGUGACAGCGUCGGUACAGUUUGCUGGAGGAGUCGUCGUCUUCUUUGGCCUUGUGAUUUCUCCCAAAGAAGUGGGCCUCCCAGAUGUUGGCGAAGAUGGUGAUGGUCCUGUUGCUGAGGAAGAUGCUCGUGAGCCAUUGAUUGGCGGCAGCGUCAAGGAAGAGGAUGACGAUCGUGAUCCAAAUUAUUCCAUCCAGGCUGUGGAUUCGAUUAGCAGCGACAGCUCCCAACCUGAGGCCAUUGGAUUUUUCCAGGCUUGUUGUCUACCUGGCGUAAUAUUGUAUUCCCUGGCCUACGCGUGCUUGAAGCUAGUGAACUACUCAUUCUUCUUCUGGCUGCCCUUCUAUCUCACCAGAAGCUUUGACUGGAAGGAGACGGAAGCGGACACGCUCUCUAUUUGGUACGAUGUCGGAGGGAUUCUAGGGGGCAGCAUUCAAGGCUACAUUUCUGAUCGGCUCCAGAAAAGAGCACCGGUGUUGGCCGUUAGCUUAAUCUUUGCUGUUGCCUUUCUCUUUGGAUACAGCCGUUCACCAAACAGCAAACUUGUCAAUGCAGUUCUCAUGGCAUUUACAGGGUGUUUCAUCGGUGGCCCUUCCAACAUGAUUAGCUCUGCCAUUUCUGCAGACUUGGGGCGUCAGGAGGUGGUGAAGGGAAGCAGUGAGGCCCUGGCAACUGUGACAGGGAUUGUUGACGGCACCGGGAGUAUCGGAGCGGCUGUGGGUCAGUACCUUGUCUCUUUGAUCCAGGAGAAUUUGGGAUGGAUGUGGGUUUUCAAUUUCUUCGUCCUGAUGAUCAGCUUAACAGUGGUGUUUCUUGCGCCUUUAAUCGUGAAGGAAAUCCAGAUGCUCCUGGUUCAGCGGCGCUUGCGCAGAUUAGUGGGUUGACCACUUCCCUCCCUCCUUUGCUAUGGACUGGACCUCCUUGAGGGCAACCGCUGAGAGGAGAGGGGUUUCAGGUGCUUCACAUUUCCUUCUUUAUGUCACCUCCUCUACGGCCGCCGUGGGUUACCAAUGUCAUGACACGAUUUACUGCUGAGACCGUGGUGUCUGAAGAUGCUAAAGUGACUGAGGACAUGGAGGUGGCUGUACCACCUGAAGAACUUGUUGAAUGGGCCAGAGAGGAGUGUUUCCUUUUUUGAAUUUUGCCUCUUGUCUCAGGGCUGUUGGUAAUCAUCAAGUUCCAGUCCAUAGUGAGGAGAGGAAAGCAGCCAUCCAUCCAGCCGGGGCUGCAGCUGGCAGAACUCAUUUUUGAAUACUCCCAAACUAUCCCCUCCCCCGCAAAUCUCCUUCCACAACCAUUUCCAAGAACUCCGUUCAAGCUCAUCUUUUUUCCUAUUGCACUACCUGCCUCUAUGAAGAAAGCAUUCUCCAUGGAGAUGAGGGAUUAUUCAAAUGUACGUUCUUGCCUACAACAGAACAGUCCAGGAAAAGCGUUCAUCGCUUGACACUGAUGACUGUAUGCAAAUACUCCUUUGUAUUUUUAUUUGCUUGUAUCUUUAUGCUGUAUCUGGCCAACUGCCAGAUAAUAUGAAACUGACAGCCCUUCCCCCCCUUUUGCAACUUUUAUUUUAUUUUAUUUUAUUUUAUUUUAUUUUAUUUGCAGAGGGGGAGAGGCCUUUUAAUUAUUUGACACUAAAACAUCCUUCCAAAGUAGCCUUGGGUCAACCCAGCUCAGCACAGUUUUUUAUGAACUUGAUUGUGCCAACUACCUGCUUCCUGGUUACUACCUGGCUGUAUAUUUACAAAAUACACAGUAGGAAACAAUGGAAGCAGGCCAGAUUCUUAGGAUGCUCAUGUAAAAAAGAAUGGCUGUGGUGUUCUGUUUAUUUGAUAACUGAAUAUUUGUCCUGUCUUGAUGCUGUUAAUUUAACUUUCCUGUGUCCAACAGUGCAAUUGCAUUCCAUACUUGAUUUAUUUUUCUCUUAAUCGCCUACCUAAUGUGUGAGAAUGGAGGCUGCAUCUCCAGUGAUGUUUGGAGCCAAACAUCUCUCGUACACAGAGAUGGUGAUCAGAGUUGUUACUAAGUCCUUAAAAUUCAAAUGAAAAUGACCUUAUGAUUUUCAGUGGGUUUCAGCAGUUGAUCAGAAGGGAAUGAGAUGAUUGUCUGAUAUUGCCCAUGUCUGAUCAGUUGUGAUAGCUUACAGGAGGCGAUAUUUGUGAAAGCUGAGGCAGACCUUCAGCUUCUUCAUUGGGGAGUCAUCCAGUCACAUCUCUUCCGGCCACCUUAGGAGCACAUACCUGAACAAUCCUUUGAGUUGCACCACUGUGUAGGCAGAACUAGCCAGCGUAAAAAGCCUAGUACCACUGCUAAAGAAUACAGUGCCACAUCCAUGAACACUUCCCAUGUUGCCUUUUUCACAAGCUUGACUUCAAGUGAGUCCAUCUCAUGCUGCCAUUGCCCUGUGGGAUGAGAGGGGCAGAAAUGCUCAGGGCUUGAGGCAUACUCAGAUCUUGGAAAUAAUGUGUUAAGACAUUGAUGUCAAAACAGUUACUCUUGCUUUGAACAGGAGGAAUGCAUCUGAGCUUUCAAAAAUGAUGUUUUAAACUUAAUGCUAAAUAUUUCAAAAUAUCAUUCUUUAUGGUUGUUGUAGGUUUUUCA